CUCUGAUGAAGAGAGCUAUGCCUGUAACUAUUAAAACAGAACUGAAAGAAAAAUCUGUCAAACGAAGAACCUUUUUGGGGUGUAUAACAUGCAGAAACCGCAAAGUCAAAUGUGAUGGCCGCCGGCCUAAAUGUCACCGAUGUGAAAAGGCAAGUAGAGAAUGCCUCGGCUACGGAUUCAAGUUGAAAUUUAUUGACCCAAUGACAUUAUCAAAUGAUGGUUCUCUGGAAGUCAUACAAAUUCAGGCUGAAAGCGAUAAAUCCAAUUUGGCCAAAAGGCAACAACUCGAUUUAAUGAAGUUUCCGGCCUCCCAAACGUAUACUACCUUCCAUGAACUAGAUAUAAAGCUGGAAGAGCUAGACGAAAAUAAUUUUGAUGGUAGAGAUUUGUAUGCUGGUCCCUUUGGCCUCUUCGCUAGUGGUAAUUAUAGCAAUAGAGUACAUUCUACUUUUACAGCUCUCAAAAUAGAUCCAAGAUCAUUCAAUCAGAACCUUCAGCUGCAAGUUAACGAUCAGUCAAAUCAUAUUUCAAGCCUGGCUAACGGUAAUAUGUUAAUAAGCGAAAAAUUGCCCUCAAUUUCUGCAAUAAUUGGGAUGAAUAGAAGAGAUUCUGACAAGUCUUCCCCAGGUUCACCCAUAUCACGAAUCCUACCUCUGGUGCCAGCAUUAGAACUACACCAUCAACGGAUCAAGCUGCAAGAAGCCAGCGACCUGCUAUGCAACUCAAUAUCGUACUCCUCCAAUCCUGAAAAAAGAAAUUUCGGGUAUUCAUUGAGGGAUGGUGAGAUUAUCCCUAAACCAAUAUGGAUUCACCCUAGAUUGGAAAUCGAUGCUAUACUCACCUACCAGACGUUAGUUGGAUCCGCUGAUGCUGUAACCAGCUCAUGGGAUGCUAUGAAAAAGGUGAUUUUUGCGGAAAAAUUUAGUACCUCUUCGGAGCUCCGUAACAGGAUUACUGAUAAAAUGCAAUUACAACAAUCAGAGAUUGACUCUUCAUUGAAAAAAUGUAUAAACGAGGUCAUUCGGGCUUUGAAUAGAGGUGAGCAAUCAACUGUUCCCAUUUCCUCAUUUACUGCUCUAUUGAGAUCUCAACGUGUUCAAGAACUGAUAAGACUAUUUGUUAAGUCACAACCCAGCGUUUUAAUAUUGAGCUACAGCGGUUGUGUGUUUGACACCAUAGUAAUUCCAUUACUUUAUAAGAUUGUCGGAGAGCUGAUGGUAUUUGAGUGUUCUGUUGGUCUGCCUGGAGAUUAUAUGGGAAAAGUUUCCGAACAUGGAAUUGAAUUUAGGGAUUAUUGUGAUGUCCUUAAAAGAACCUAUUGUAUGGUAGCAUUAUCGAUAACAUCAUUUUCACAAUACAAAGUUUUAUUCAAUGAGUAUGGAAUCUACGAUGGAUCACUAAAUCUUUUUAAAUGCUACAUUGCAUUUCGAGAAAUGUCCCUGGUGAAUCUUUCUGUUUUAAUCAAACCUCUAAUACUCCCUUCAAACAAUUCAAGAAUUAAUGUCACGAACUCUAAUUUAGUUCAAAGAUUGAUCAAAGUUGGCCUUAUCAAAGAGCUUGUCCUCACCUUGAUUUUAGCAAUUUACCAGGAUUCAAAUGUAGACAUUAUCGUUAACUACAGUCUUCUUUAUGGAGUACUUGAGAGUCUCAAAUCUCAUUACCAGAGCAGUGAAAAGAAUGAUAGAGAAAUGGAUGAAAUCUGGGAAUGGCUCCGCUAUUUGCUAAUUUUUUUCAAAUCAUGCUCAAAAAUCGACUUUGAAAACUAUGAAAUAAAUGAAGAAGGUUUUGAGGAUGUCAGGUCUGAUUAUAAUUUGAUUAAGAGGUUCGAGUUUAAUGACUAUUUUGAGCAAAAUGAGUUCAACAGGAUUGAGAUCAAGUCAAACAUGGAUGAAAAGUCCAAGGCUGACUUUCUGAGUGAUUCGAAUGAUUAUGAGGAGAGCUUGAGUAAUGAUAGCGAUUCUGAAGAAGAGUCUGAUGAUGAGUUUUUUGAAGAUGAUACCAAGUUAGAAAUUCCCAAGCGCUUAGCGAAACGGCCGAACAUAGUUGAUAAACCUCCUAGGUCUUUUACUGUUCGUUUUCACUUUUCCGAAGACCAGUGUGACAGAGGUGAUUGUAGCUCAGAAAAUGAAGAUAACCAAAAUGUAGACUGUUGUUCUGGGACAAUAGAGGAAGAAAUUGGUGAUCAGCAAUUAAAAGUGCAUGGAUUUAAGACUAUUAGUGAAAAGAACUCUAGCCACAAGAAUUUCACAUCACAAGAGGAAGAUAAGAAAAACCAGACCAAUACUAGAAACAGCGUUGGAAUUCAGCACGCAAAAGCGGUAGCUUUGGGAAAACUAAACUCAGAUGUUAGAAACGGCGAAGACACUCAUCAAGAAGUCAAAAAGCGCAAUGUAAAAAUGCAGCAAGGAAGUCAUCAAAUUGGAGCGCAAAACGUUACGCCUAAUAAAAAAGGAGUUGAGGUGAAUGUUCUCACUGGGCUAGCUACUUCACAACCUGAUAUGUCAUUAAACGAAAGAGAACAACUUUCCCACAAAAAAGGCAAAAUUCAAGUUCCACACCCUUCAAGCAUAAGUUGGGAAACUAUAGAGGGAAGGCCUUCGAGUAUAGAGCUCAGUUUUGGAAUUCCAGUAUCACUAUUGCGGCUUAUUGAAAGAGCUGUGAAAUUAGCAGAUCAUAAAAAUUGGUGUCUCCGAAAAACUAUCUUCCCCAGAAAUUUUCCUAAAUUUUGUUGUGACCUGGAGGAAGAUCUAAUAAACUGGAAGCUUGAAUGGGAUUUGUACACCGAAAAUCGAACGAAAGGUGGAGAGCUUCAGUUCCACAGCUUAUUCCACAAGGCGUUGUAUCAUUUAGCUGUUUCUUUUUACAACACGACAUUGAUGUUUUUCUUUCGCCUUAUCAAAGAAAUUGAUCCGACGCUUCUACAAAAUCAUGUAACUUCAACUAUCACUCACCUCGAGCAGUUGCGAGAUCUUUCAUUGCGAAGUGAUUUUUUGAAAGACAUGAAAUUGUUUCCCCCUUUUUGGUGUUUUUUCAUAUCAGGAUCUGAUGCUAUCGCUCCAGAAUUAAGGCACAGAUUUGAUGAGGUUGCAAGAAAAAUGUUUGUCGCUGGAAAUAAAUGGAUUGGAAAGCAGAUAAUGAUGGAGAUUUGGAGGACUGAGAAUGAUGGCAAUAAUGAAAUAUGUGGUGGAAACUCUUGGCUAGAUGUUCUGAAAGAUUGGGAAGUUUCAGGUUUUAACUAGCUGAUCUUUGUAGUCAUAAUGGGGGGUAGUUUGUAAAUUUAUUAUUCAAAUCAAGCUAACAUAACAAUUUUAUCCCUCCACCGCU